CUGAGCUGCAAAGGCUGCGAGAGGUGAGAGGCGCUGAGCGCCGUGGGCGUCGCGCUGCGGGUCCUGAGGAGCCAGGUCGGGGACUGGCUCCAGAGCGGUGUCCGCGGGCCGCGGUGACCGGCGUGCCUCUGUCUCACUGCCCCGCAGUGUCAGUUUUGUCCUGAGAGAAGAUGGGAAAGGGCUGCAAGGUUGUCGUUUGUGGGUUGUUGUCCGUUGGGAAAACUGCGAUUCUGGAGCAACUCCUUUAUGGGAAUCAUACUAUUGGGACGGAAGACUGUGAGACAAUGGAAGACGUGUACAUGGCCUCAGUGGAGACAGACCGUGGGGUGAAGGAGCAGCUCCACUUAUAUGACACCCGAGGCCUGCAGGAAGGCGUGGAGCUGCCAAAGCAUUAUUUCUCUUUUGCUGAUGGCUUUGUUCUUGUGUACAGUGUGAAUAACCUUGAAUCCUUUCAAAGAGUGGAGCUUCUGAAGAAAGAAAUUGAUAAGUUCAAAGACAAAAAAGAGAUCGAAGUUAGGAAGAGAGAAAGGAGAAAAGAACAGGACAAGAGUGAGCUGUGCAAAGAACAAGCUGGGGGUGAAAACACUGAACACCAAUGACACUGGGAUUUUAAAAUACAGGCCUGACCAAACUGGGAUGACCACAUGCAGCACGAGCUCAGACACGGACCUGAACACUGGCCCUGUGACCCCAGUAGGUCCAAAGCCAGUUCAAGCUCUUGUCAGACUCAACAGCGUUCAGGAUCUAAAGGAACCUCGGGAAACCCAAGACUGGCUCACAGGCUUGGACCCUUGGAGACAGUUAGGUCAAGAAGGGGGAAGUCAUUCUGGAGGAGCUUAGUGCCCUUCCAAGACAGACCUCACCAGCAGAAUACUAGCUUUUUACCGGCCACAUGAGGGCAGUGCAACAAGACAGCUGUCUGGAAACUAAGAAAUGAUUUCUUAUCACAUUAAGAUUGCCAGCACUUAGGUCUUGGAUUUCCUUUAAAGUUCAAUCAACACUAUUUCAAAUUGCCUUCUAAAAAUAUUCAUUGUCAGGCUGGCAAGAUGGUUCAGCAGGUAAAGCUGCUUGCUGCUGAGCCUGAAGACCUGAGUUCAGUCCACAGAACCAGCUUUUCACAUACAUGCAGACCAUCACACCCAGCUGCCCUCCAUUUCUUGCUAAAAUGGCUGAGGAGGUUUACACUCAGGUCAGCUAAGUCUAUUUCUACUAGCCCCUCCCCUUUGUUGUGUAACACGGGCUGACUCUGAACUCAAUACUCCCUGUCUCAUCUUCCCACGAGUUGGGACUGCUGUGCCCACACCCCAACACCGUUUCUUGCAUUAACAGGAAAAACUUUGGUUUCCACAAUAAGAAACGCAACUGUCACCAAUCCAAUGAAUGGUUACACUAACUGAAGUUCUGACCUGAGAAAUGGAGCACAGUGCUUGAGUCUACCCUGCCUGCCUUCACAAGUCAUCUCAAAUUUAGCAGUAAGGUGUGUGUGUGUGUGUGUGUGUGUGUGUGUGUGUGUGUGUGUGUGUGUGUGUGUGUGUGUGUGUAGGGCAGAGGUCAAUGUUAGGUACCUCCCUUGGCUGCUCUCUAUUCUUUGAGAUAUGGUCUCUUCCUGAGCCUGAAGCUCACACACAGAUCCAGCCAGGCUAGUGGAAAAGAGAGCUCUGCCUCACCCUCUCAAGUGCUGGGGUUACAGAUGCGUGCCGCUACACCCAGCAUUUAUGUUGGGACUAGCAAGCCCUGUUUCCACCUCAUCAUGCCCAGCAUUUUUACAUGGAUUUUGGGGGAUCAAAGUCAGUUCCUCAUGCUUGUGAGGCCAGCUAGCACUUUAUAAACUGAGCCAGGAAUAUGAACCUGCUAAAAUUAGAGUCCGUCUGAAACUAACUGAAAAGAGACCAUGGUUUGCCUUCCAGAUUUUUUUCAUUAAAGAAAAAGUAAGAUUUACUAUUUAUUUAAGUGUAUGUGUGUGGGUCUGUACAUGUACAAGUGUGUGUGUGUGUGUGUGUGUGUGUGUGUGUGUGUGUGUGUGUGUGUUGGUGCCAGUGGAAGCCAAAGAGGGUGUUUGACUUUCUGGAGCUGCAGUUACAGGCGGUUGUGAGGCACCUGAGGUGGGUACUGGGAACUGAACUUGCGUCCUCUGGAAGAGCAGCAAGUGCUCUUAAUCAAUGAGCCACCUCUUCAGCCCCACUUAUAGAUUUUCUUAAACAGACAUUUAAAGUUUCUUUGCAACCAAAAUAUGGUUCAAAACAAAAGUAAAGUAAUAAAACUCUUUACAAG